ACACAAAAGACAAAAAACAAAUACUGGUACCAAAAAUAGUGGAAAAAACAAGAAGUUGCAUCAUUAAGCUUGAUCCCUCUUUAAAUGCUGAUAGAGUUUGAGUCAAAAAGACUCCAGUUUAGGACUUAGUUUAAGUAAACAGAGCCACAUGAUGACCCCUUUAAUAUAAAAUAUUCAUAGAAAAAAGCACUUUUAUAAAAGCACCUCUCCUUUCUAUUUGGACACUUCUUAAACCUGCAGAGGCCUUCUGGUCAUUAACUUACAAGGAGCCUGAUAAUGACUCUUUGGGUGGAAAUAUUAGAAAGUCAUUUGUGUCUUAAACGAGGUGAAACCAGCUGCACCUGCCCAGCACCAAAAGACAUUCGUACAACAGUGAAUUAUGGCGCUUUGCAGCAGUUCAGGGGAGGUUGAAGACUCCGCUCUGGAGGGCUGGAAUGUGAUUGGCUCCGGUGGUUUUGGACAGAUCUACAAAGCCAGGCAUCGUCUUUGGGGCUGCGAUGUGGCUAUUAAACUGCUUCAUUAUGAUGAUGGGACCAGCUCCUCAUUGCUGCGUGAACUUGACAUGAUGCGUCAAGGAAGCAACCCCUACGUUAUUCAUGUCCAUGGGAUGUUUAAGGGUCGACCGCCUUUUCUCAGCUCCUCGGUACAGCUUGGGCUGGUCAUGGAGUUCAUGGAGAGAGGAUCACUGGCUUCCCUGCAGAAUACGUUACUAAGUCCACUACCCUGGCCGCUGUCUGUCAGACUGACUCACCAGGUGGCUCUGGGUAUAAACUUCCUCCACACCUGCUCUCCCACUGUCCUGCAUCUGGACCUGAAGCCCAGCAAUGUCCUUCUGGACCCCUCUCUGAAUGCCAAGCUUACAGAUUUUGGCCUCGCCAAGUUUUAUCACAGCUGCACACGGGCUUCCAGGAAAAGCAGUGAAGAUGAGGGGGGAACUAUCAGCUAUAUGCCACCAGAGGCUUUUGACGUAUCAUAUCGUCCUACACCGGCCUCUGAUAUCUACAGCUUUGGUGUUCUGCUGUGGUCUGUUGUCACAGGGAAGCAACCAUAUGCUGAUGCAUUGCCCAGCAUAGUGCGGUUUCGCAUCCCGCUGGGAGACCGUCCAUCGCUGAAUGAGAUCAGGUGUCAGGCUGCAGGUUGGCCAGGGUUGACAAGACUAAUGGACCUCAUGCAGGAAUGCUGGGAGGCGAAAUCCAGCCAGAGGCCCACUGCCCUAGAGUGCACAAGACAGACAGAAGAACUGUUUGAGAUGCACAAACAUGUAAUAGCUGAUGCUGUCUAUCACGUGCUGAAGAAACUGGAUCGUGCAUCCUCAAGUCAAGCAGAGGACCUAAAUGGAGAAGAAAAAAUAACAGAGCAGCUUCAAAUGGUUUCUAUAGCGCAGGCUCCAGUGCCUGCCAGAGCUGAACCUGUGAACAUUUGUAAUGAUGUACCAACAGGAAACCCGCCAGUUCAGGAAAUGGCUGGUAGAUGGACUCCAAAUGAAAGACAAACAGUCAGAGAUUCUCCUCCGAGGAGGCUCAACAAUGUGUGUCAGGUUGAUCAGGCCCACUCAUCAGGAGACUAUGAAAUAAAACCAUCUUCUGUUCAUCCCAUUCAUUCAUCAUCACCAUCUACUUCAAUAAAGAAGUCACCUCAAGACAAUGCAGGAAAAAACUUUCAGCCAGCUUUUCACCAACAGCUGAAACCACAAUACCAACGUCAGUUUUCCAGCCCCGGACGCACAGUCCACAUGCAUUUCUCCGACGUGACUGGAUUUCAGCUUGGCAACAACAACAGCAUUUUCAUCUCCACCCCUGACCCACUGGAGAGGAAGCGGCACCCAACAGCACCGUCAGCAGUACCAGUGACUCCCCAUCACACCAAGUAGAAAAGACACAACACGAAGAUCUAAUCUUUCCUCUGUUUACCUUUUCAUUAAGGCAGGAUUCAGAUCAUGUUAUAACUGCAGGAAGUGUUUUCAUUCAUUUUUAUUAGUCCUUAUUGUCUCUGCUUUUUCUGUUUGAAAACUCACACCAGUGAACAUAAACCUCACACCUCCCUUUUGCACUGUCAGCAGUAUAAAUACGAGCCAAGUCUGCUCAGAUGGUUUUAGCUUUUUAACCAACUGUGGUAGAAAAAUAUCCACAGUUGUCGUGCCAACUCUCCUUCAGAUGCCAAAAAUCUUCUUUAUGACAGGCUGACUAUUAAUGAGGAAGGCUGUGUGAAAACUCAUCUCAUAUAUUUUGUAAAACUAGUGACAGGAACCUUUCAGGUUCUCUUUUUCUUAUGCUGGAAUCUCAACCUUUAGGUGUCAUAAUAGUUAAAAUGAAGAUGAAGAGCAAGAAGUGUUAUUGUGAUCCAUCUACCCUCGCAUGGCCUGAAAUAUGCUAAAUGUACGCUGUGUAAAUAGAUGUUUUAAAAAAGGGUAUGCACAGCUCUGAUUUGCUUUGUUUUACACUUUUUCUUGUGUAGCUAAGGAAAUGUUUUGGUUCACUGCAGGUUCAAUGAAACUUAUUUAAAAAGGAACAAUGUACAUAUUUAACCAUCUGGAUUUUCCAGCAAUACAGGCUGUCAUUUGACCUUGUGUGCAUUAAACUGUGUUUUAAAUGAAUAUUUUCCUGUAGUAGAAGCCCAAUGUGAUUUCAAUGAAGUCCUGGAAAAACUAUAAAUGAAAUGUUUGUGUGUUGUUUGCAUAAAUGUUCUCUCACAUGAGUCAGGGGACUAUUUUCAGCAGCAGAUGAAGAUGCAUAUGGUGCUUUGUGAGCAUUACAGCAGAGUUAUGUAAAAUAGUAUCUGCAGACCGUACAGUACCGUACUAAACAACUAAAUCAGGAACAUCAAGAACUUGAAGUCUGUAGAAGUUUAAGAAAGUCACUGUAUGUAUGAUUAAGACCAUUUAAUAAAUUCUGUUUGUAUACGGUUUUUAAA